AUGGCCGCAGUUGGGAACGACCGCUAUUUCCAUUUCCAUGCCCCCUACGCACAGCAGAAGUACCGCAACAUCUCCUGCUUCUGGGAAACACAACCCUCAGGCUGUGCGAGGAUCAAUUGCGCCUUCCAUCAUAGCAAGCCUCGUAAUAUAAAUGGACUUUUUUUGCCACCUAGUAACAAUGUCCCAUUGCAAGAGGGUGUCCAAGAAGGGAUUCUACAUCCAACCCUUCGUCGAGAAUCACUCAGAAAGCGAGAGAAUAUUUUACCACCAAUUCACCCUCCACUGAUUAUAAAUGUCAACAGCGAAGAGGAUGAAGAGGACGAUGAAGAGGAAGAGAACUAUGUUUCUAAUCGGGUGCCUAAGACUGCUGAAGACAUUCAAGAGGAAAGAGCAAUAAAGGAAAUAUGCUAUACAUCUGGAGAGUAUUACAGGAUUCGGUACCCUCACAAACACCAAUCAAGAAGAACUGUGUCUUCACCUCGGGAAAAUGAGCUAUCACCCUUGGAAGCUACCGAGCGAGACUUGCAGAAAGCAGAACCUGAGCCAUAUGGUGGGAAAUGCUCCAAACAAAAGAAUCAGCUUGACACAAACAGAAGAGUUUGGACCCAAAGGGAAAACUACGACAAAUAUACUUCAGGAUCUUACAAUGCACCAACUUGGAGGAAAAGAAAUCCACGAGCAAAAACGUUCUCUAAGUUUCAAACAACCAUUCAGAGCCGAGAAGACAUGGAAGUGAGGAGAAAAGGAGAAGGUUACGUAGAGAGGAGAAAGAGAUGA